AGUUAAAGCAAUUAUAACGUGGCUCUCAUGCUUUCCAUACUUACCCUGCAUCCCUCUCCCUCUUCUCCUUUUCCUCCAUAAUUAUAAAAACCGCACCCAAACACCCCCCUUCCUCUGCCACCCAACCAAAUCCUCGAUCUCGCCGAACAACCCCACCCUUUCAAAAUCCGAUUUUCCGAUGCCGAAGAAGCGAAAGUCUAUCGCCACCAGCCUCGACGAGGUGGAUCGAACCCUCUACGCGUCGUUUUGCACCGCCGCCAACUCCCUCUCGCAGCUCUACACGCACUCCAUGAACCACCAGAAGCUCUCCUUCAACGCCGGGGAACGACACGCCCUCGAAAAACUUUAUCAGUGGAUUUUUAGACAACAAGAAGGAGGAUCACGGGUUGGAACAGUUGAUGUACUUAAUUACAUUCAGAAUGAGCUGGAUUAUUGUGGAGAAGAACCAUCUAUGUCACCUAGAGCACCACUGCAACACCAGUCACAAGCAGCAUUGCAUGUCCCUAGUUUUCCAGUCACUUCAGCAUCUUCUGGUCAAACAAUAGCUGCACAAGGACUCCGCUCGGACCACUGUGAAAAUCAAUCAAAGAAUUCUGUGUUUUCAAAUGCUUUGUCAAGUCCAGUACGUCGAAGCCUUCAACAUUAUCAAAUUGGUGAGGGAGGAUGCUACACCAAUGGUCUCUCCAUGGGGAAUGGAAACCGGAACACUGAACCUGGCUUUCUUAAUCAGCAAAGCAGGGAUUCAAAUGCAGUGAGCUCCAAUGAUUCUGCCAUGGAUAUGCAUGCAGACUAGUUCUGUCUAUUGGUUUAUUAAUUGGGAAUUCUUAACUCACCAACCUUUGCAACAGCUACAAAAGAAGCUAACAACCUUCGGAAUUCCGUAUCUGGGUUUGCUCAUUGGAUCCUGCAAGAAACGACAGGAGGAUGGAACCAAUUCUGUUAACCUUUUACUAUGCUUACGUCAACCGAGUGAUUGGUUUGGGGUCUUAAGUGGUUUUUGUAAAGUUUUCUAUUCAUUAGCUUUAAAGCAUUUUAUUUUGUACCUUAAAUUGUUUUACCCCUUCGCCCCUUCACCCAAAAGACUAAUUUUUAAAAUGUAGGGGUUAAUUCUAUCUGAAGUUUCGUACGUAAAUCUGUUCUUCUGCAGAUUUUCUCUAAUGGCAAUUUACAGCUUCCGUCUUCUUUUUU